CCGGUUUGCGAGCCGAAAACUCAUAAAAUUUGACGUAUCAAUAUUUUAUUUUAUUCUACGUUUACAGUUGCAUGAAAAGUUGUGAACAGGUGAAGACCAAGUGUAUGUUUGACAAAAACAAGAUACCAACAGUUUUAAGUCUUAUGAGUUAGCCAGAUCUAGUGUUGACCAUCCACAAACCAUUUAGCAGCGAGUGAAUCGUGUGAUUGCGACUUAAAGAUGGAUAUGGAAUCUCUCCAGUCUGACCUCAAACAGUACGGCCAGGAGCACCUGUCCAAGUUCUGGCCGGAGCUGACCGAGUCGGACAAGGAACAUCUCUACAAGGAACUGUCGGGUAUGAACCUGCAGGAAGUGACCGCCUUCUUCAAAACGGCAGAGAAAUCCCUGCAGAACGCCUCAGAGAAGAUCGACGAUCAUUUGCAACCACUUUCAGCUGAUGUGUGUGGCAGUCUGGCCAGGUGUGAUAAGGCUACACUGAAAAAUUACCAACAUCAAGGUCUAACAGCAAUUGGGGAUGGCAAGGUGGCAGUGUUGCUGCUGGCGGGAGGUCAAGGCACACGGCUGGGAGUUCCCUACCCCAAGGGGAUGUACAACGUGGGACUUCCGUCCAGAAAAACUCUCUACCAGCUGCAGGCUGAAAGAAUCCUCAAGGUGCAGAAAUUGGCACAGCUCACCCGAGGACAGAAAUGUGUCGUUCCCUGGUAUAUUAUGACCAGUGAGCACACAAAAGAACCCACUCUAGAAUUCUUUACAAAGCACAAUUACUUUGGCCUCCAGAAAGAAAAUGUCAUCAUAUUUGAACAGAACUUGCUGCCCUGUUUCGACUUUGAUGGGAAAAUUAUACUACAGACUCCGUCUAAAGUGGCCCUAGCACCAGAUGGUAACGGAGGCCUGUACCGUGCCCUGCGUGACAGCAAGGUGUUGGACAACAUGGAGCAGCGUGGUAUCCAGUACAUCCAUGUGUACUGCGUCGACAACAUCCUCGUCAAGAUGGCAGACCCAGUCUUCAUCGGAUUCUGCAUAUCCAAGGGAGCCAACUGUGGUGCAAAGGUUGUGGAGAAGGCAUUUCCGACGGAGGCGGUGGGUGUGGUGUGUAAGGUGGAUGGCCGGUACCAGGUGGUGGAGUACAGUGAGAUUACACUGAAAACUGCCGAGAAGCGCAACGCGGAUGGAAGACUGACGUUCAGUGCCGGCAAUAUAUGCAAUCACUUCUUCACAUUCGACUUUCUGAAACACGUUUCUCAUCCAGCACAAGAAGCUCAACUGAAACAUCAUGUCGCCAAAAAGAAGAUUCCGUAUGUUGCAGACGACGGCUCUUUGCACAAACCGACAAAACCUAACGGAAUUAAAAUGGAAAAAUUUGUGUUUGAUGUUUUUCAGUUUGCAACUGACAGGAACUUUGCCGUGUGGGAAGUACUCCGAGAGGACGAGUUCUCUCCCUUGAAGAAUGCAGACACUGAGGCGAAAGACACCCAGACAACGUGUCGCCAUUCCUUGUACAGUCUUCACCACAGAUACAUCCUGACAGCCGGUGGCAAGUUCAUACAGAAGGAUGGCACCCCGCUCCCUGAUAUACCGAGGACAGUUCAAAAUGGCAAAGGAGACCGUCGACAAACAAGUGAUCAUCAUUCUGACGACGAUCUCAUUGUGUGUGAAAUAUCGCCAUUAGUUUCUUAUGCAGGGGAGGGCUUGGAAGAUCUAGUGCAGGGGAAGAGCUUUCUGUGUCCCGUGUUGAUAGAACUUCAGAACGGGGAGCCAUCCAUACACCAAAGCAAUGGACAGUGAAGACUGCACUUUUUAUACGUCCUUGUACCGAUAAAAUAUGGCAAGAUAUGUCGUGAUAACAUAUUGUCUAUGUUGUAUUAUUAUGUAAUAAAUAUAUUGGCUAUCCACACAACUUGCUGAAACGGUCCAUAUAAUAAAAUUGAAAUAUUGUAUGGAAACAGGUUUUUUUUAAUGGUGCAAUACGAAAGGUAAUGAAAUAGAAGGCCAGCACUUAUUAGUGUUUUGUGUAUACAGCCAGCAGUUUAUUAUUUAAAAGUGUCAGUGUUAUACAGCAUUUUACCAAAAUUGCUUCAUGUUAAACCAUUAAAUUUGAAAAUACCCUUUGGUGCCACAGCAUUAUUUAUAAGUAUCAGUGAAGUUGGGUGGUGGUGGUGGUAGUUUUAUCUGCUGAAAUAUAUGAGAUAUAUGUUGCAUUGUAUAUAAUGGUCUUUAUUCUGAUGAACUUGAAUGCUCCUUUGACAGUAACCACCUGGGCUCUAUUCCACAAAACAAUCUCAGCACUACUAUCGUGUCGACCAACUCGAAAAUAUCCACUAUCUCAACUAACCUUUUGCUAUGGUCACCAGCUCUGUUUUGUAAGUGACAUUAUUUAUGGAGGUCAUAGUUAAAUUAGUAAAAAAAAAAUUCUGCUGUUGUAUAGGGCAUGUAUCAUUACACGGUCAAGAACCACAACAGCUGUUCCAAAUCAGUACCCCAUUCAUUCACUAGUUUGGAAUAAAAUGCACCAUAACAGAUGUCUAUUAAUUAGUCUAUUAAUAUGAUUCAUUGUUAUGCCACUGACACUGUUGUCAUUUUAAUCACUGUUGCUAAGCUACAAGACAGUUGGACCAAUUGGACUUGAAGGAACUGCCUGAAGUUUACAGCAAUUGUUAAUAUGUUGCCAACUAACAGACAUUUUUCAAGAAUUGUAAUUAUAUAUUAAAUUUAUUUUUCUGCAUAAAAUUUUAGUGGCUGUAUAUUAAAUGUGUUUCUGAUCCUCCUAGUUUUUGAAAUUGGUUAUACUUCAUUUCAUUUCCUAAUACAUAUUUAUUCGUAUGUACAAUAUUACUGGGAGACCAAAUCCAUUUUGGGCUGCUUACAAAUAUUAGGACAAUCAAAAAAUAUAUAUACACAGACACUAAAAUUCUAAACUAGAAAUUAUAUUUGUGGGUAAUAUUAAUCAUUAAAAGAUUUUAUUACUUGGAAACAUCUUAUAAUUGGCAUCAAACUCAGGACAGUCCCUUUAAUGCUACGUUUUUUCCUCAUUUAGUACAAUCAUAUAGAUUAUAAUUAGUGUUGAUUUCAAAUGUAUAUAAGGGCUGUUUGAGACUUUUUCACAUGGGGUGGGAGCUGAAUGAGAUGACUGAACUAAUCUUUGUUUUAUGGGUCAUUGGUCGGUUGAAAAUAUCUCAGCAUGCAACUAAAGCUAAAUUCUUUUAAUUCAGUUUUUAUUUAUGGGUGAUGUUGAUGGGUAUAUGGAUUUAUAAAAGCCUUUCAACCAGGAUCAUGGGUCAGCUGAAAAUAUUUUACAUGCAACUAAUGCUAAAUUGUUUUAAUUCACUUUUCAUUUAUGGGUGAUGGUGAUAGGUAUUUGAAUUUUAAAAAAACCCAAAACAUUUCGACCUCCCCACCCCUACUCCAUGUGAUCACAUACAACCAGCCUUGAUUUAAAAAAAAUUAAUAUUAAUUUCUAAUAUUUGCAUACAUAGAUUGUUACUUAAUAUAAACCAGCAUUAACUUGCCUGUGGUUUUUUUGUUUGUUAUGAAAUUGUAUACUAUUAUUAAUAAGUAUUGUGUUGUUUCGCCUUAUUUUUGUUACAUAUAUUCUGUUUGCUUUUAAAUGUUGUUUAUUUAAGUUGGAGAUAUAUUUAUGAUUAGUUUCUGUACAUAAGAUAUUUAUAUUUAUCAUACAAUGAAAACCAGCCUUACCAGCAUUUCUGAGACGAUCAGUUUUAUUACAAAUUAUUAAUUUUCAUGUGUCAAAGAUUUAGGUCUACUUCAGAAAUGUUCCCAUAAGUCAUUAUAAUGGAAGAAUUCGACAUUAUUUUAAAAUUUUGCAGCAUUAUGCAAUUUGUAUUAGUGAAGUUUGGGCUGAAUUGUUCAUUUUAUUCUAUAUUAAAAAAAAACAUUUUUAAAUGCCCAUCUCUCCAACCUUCCCCGUGCCAUUAGAAUGUGUGUUAUUUUUAUUUGUAUUCACUAUAUCAUUAUAUACUGAAGUCCAAAGAAAAUGCACCACUAAUUUUCAUUUCUUAUUGCUAUUGCAUGUGUGAGGUUUCUGUAUAACACACAAUAGCCCUAAUCAUUAUUGCUAUCGCAUAUGUGAGGUUGCUGUAUAACACAAAAUAGCCCUAACCCGUAUUGCUAUCGCAUAUGUGAGGUUGCUGUAUAACAAACAAUAGACCUAACCCUUAUUGCUAUCGCAUAUGUGAGGUUGCUGUAUAACACACAAUAGCCCUAACCCUAGUAUACAAUAUUGGGGUCAUAUAUUACCUACCAGAAUACAUCCAGUUAUACAAAAUCAGUUAAAUGUAUUAUUGUUUUUAAUUUUCAUAUCCUUUUUACAAGUACAAAUCUGACUGGAAUUCAGUAUAUAUUUGGGAAGUUGAGUAGUUUAGAUGAUAGCAUUAGAUGGGUGGGAUGCACCUGAUUUUAGUUUAUUUAUUUAUUAUUUCUUUGAGAGAUGUUAAAUUUUAUUUAAUGUAUAUAAAUUAUAAAACCAAAAUAACUAUUCUGUAUGUAACAACAACUCUCCCCUUUCCC